ACAGAAACCAUCGAAAAACCCGGCAAUUUAGCGCUAGAGAAAAUAAAGUCAUUGUUAUGGUCUGAGCCCGUUGCCCUUUGUCCUCUAUACACUGUUUCGCGGGCUAAGUGUCCUAGAAAGGUGUUGAUUAAUACUGUCACAGUUGGUAUAUUACUCAGCGUAAUUCGAGAAGCUUGCUAACAUCGCUAGCAGACAGAGUCCUUCGGAAUUCCGGGCUUCGGAACUCGCUUCUCCAAAAAUGUCCUCUGGACUCGGGACAUUAUUUGUCCCUCGGGAGAUUGUUUUGAUCUUGUUGUUGGUGUGUCUGUGCAGAUGGGUUCAAGGUUGCCCCGAUACGUGUUUGUGUUACCGAACUAGUGAGGGUCCGACCGUUAGAUGCAACCACCAGUCUCUCAGAAGGAUUCCUCGAGUGCCUUCCACCACGGUCGUUUUAGAUCUGCGGUUUAAUAACAUCUCCGAGGUGAAGCGAGGCGACUUGGCAGGGCUGCACUACCUCACUACUCUUCUCCUCAGUAACAACGCGAUCCAGCGAUUCGACCCCGAGGCCUUUCAUGGCUUAACGUCUUUGAGAUAUUUAUAUCUGUUCAGUAACAGACUGCGAACUCUACCUCGUGACGUCUUCAGAGGACUGCACAACCUUGAACAACUCUACUUGCACUUCAAUGAUAUUCAAACCAUUAGGGCAGAUGCAUUUAUUGGGCUCGGAAGACUUGAAAGGCUCUAUAUUCAACACAACCGCCUUCGCACAGUUCCCAGAGGCCUUUUCAAGGAUCUGAGAUUACUAAGGAGACUGCGUCUCGACUCCAAUGAGCUGGUUUGUAACUGCGACUUACUCUGGCUUUCCAAGCUGCUACGGCGAACACCCAACACCGAGACAGCGGCUACAUGCCAUGAGCCUGCAGAGCUCAGCGGCCGCGCAAUUGUAAGGCUGACUCCCCGGGAGUUACGAUGUUCGCCACCAAAGAUCGUCAAGUUCCCUUCCAGCAUCGAGGUGUCUGUCUCGUCCGAGGUUGUGUCCUUUAAGUGCAAGGCGGUCGGUACACCCGCACCACAGAUCUCCUGGCGAAAGGAUCGUCAGCCGUUGCCUAGCGACGGACGGCAUGUAGUCCGGCCCGACGGCACGCUGGACAUUCUGCGCCCGCAGGUUGAGGAUGAGGGGAAUUACGAGUGUCUUGCGCGAAACGAUGCAGGGGAGCAAGUAACAGAGGCUUCACUCAGAUACUAUGGGAGGGAUGCUGUCCCGCAGCUGACCAGGUACCCGCGGGCUCAGGUCGACACCCUGGAGGGGAACUCCGUCACCCUCCAGUGCCGCGCUCAAGGGAGACCCAACCCCACUAUCGCGUGGGCCAAGGGGGGGACACCCUUGGAUGUACACGACCCUCACAUGAGGGCCACGUCCGCGGGAGACUUGUACAUAGUGGGGGUGACUAGCAGAGAUGACGGGACGUACCGAUGUACUGCGAGUAACAAGGCGGGGAGCGUCAGCGCCUCCACUAGGCUCGUGGUCACAGCGGCUCCUUACUUCAUAACCCGGCCAGAAAACACCGUGGAACUCGAAGGGAGCACAGCCUCGUUGCAGUGCCGUGCGGGCGGUCACCCAGCCCCCGCAAUCGCAUGGACCAAGAAUGGCGCGCGCCUUCCAUCCCAGGACCGUCAUAUCGUGCUGCCGUCUGGCACCCUAAGGAUAUUGUACCUGAAGCACAGCGAUCAGGGCCAGUACGAGUGUCAGGCGAUUAACGUGAUCGGGGUUAAGCUGGCGCGUUCUUUCCUAGCCGUCAGGGCAAGAGUUCCUCCGAGCAUCACGGAUAAGCCACGUGAUCAGAACGUGCGCGCAGGCCAAACAGUGAACAUCUUCUGCGUGGCUGUUGGUGCGCCUGACCCGGUGAUCACGUGGAUCAAGGACAAUGUGCAAGUCACCGAAGGGAACAGGUUUUCUAUUGCAGAUGACGGCACGCUUACCAUCCGAGAGGCGAACAAGGGGGAUGAGGGGCGGUACCAGUGCGCCGCCAGGAACAGCGUGGGCGUGGCUAUGUCAGACAUGAUCCUCUUUGUACAAGGCUCCACCAAGUUCGCGGGCGACAAAUUCGUGAACAGAUCCAUCGACCAGGCCAUCAGCAGCGUUGACCGCGCGCUCAAGUCCAGCAUUAGAAAGCUUUUUCGUAACACUCAACCCAGAAGUCCUAGCGACCUACUCGCCCUCUUCCGGUUCCCGUCACCGGAAGCGCAGCAAAUCGCGCGCGCGGCGGAAGUGUUUGAACGGACGAUCCAGCUUGUCCACGAGCACGUGGCUGACCUAGAGAUGGUGAACGUCACGUCAGAGAAUGGCGAGCGCAACCAGCACAGCUUCUUUGAUCUCUUGUCACCCGCAUACAUCAAAAUGAUCGCCAACCUUUCGGGAUGCAGCGCGCAUCGCCGAAUGAAUAACUGCUCUGAUCUGUGCUUUCAUUUAAAUUACCGAAGCACAGACGGCACGUGUAACAACUUGCAGCAUCCCAUGUGGGGCGGAUCUUUAACGCCACUCAAGCGUCUUCUGAGACCAAUCUACGAGAAUGGAUUCAAUGCUCCUAUAGGUUGGAUCAAUAAAAAUGCUCGGCCAAGCGCACGACUUGUCUCCACAGAAUUAGUAGCCGCGGCGAAUGUGACGGACGACAAGAAGCACACGCACAUGCUGAUGCAGUGGGGACAAUUCCUCGAUCACGACAUGGACUUCACAGUCACAAGUCUCAGCUUCUCGAGAUUCAGCGACGGCGCCGACUGCACAGCGACCUGCGAGAAUCAGAGUCCGUGCUUUCCGAUCCAAAUUCCCGACGGCGACCCGAGGAUUCGCCGAGCGCGGUGCAUGCAGUUCACUCGGUCGAGUUCCGUGUGCGGAACGGGCACAACGUCUGUGUUUUUUAGCAAAGUAACACCGCGGGAGCAGAUGAACCAGAUCACUGCGUUUAUCGACGCCUCAAACAUCUACGGCUCAUCGGAUGAAGACGCAAGGAACCUUAGGGACUUACGGAGUAAAGGACUUCUAAAGACUAGUGCACCGAUAGAGCCAAACGGCAAGCCACUUCUUCCACCUCAUCGUGACACACCCGUGGAGUGCUUACAGCCGCAUGAUAGCCCUGUCCCAUGCUUCCUUGCGGGCGAUCACCGCGCCAACGAGCAGAUUGGCCUGCUGUCUAUGCACACUCUAUGGAUGCGCGAACAUAAUCGUAUCGCCUCUGAGCUCAGCCGCCUAAACCCGCACUGGACCGGGGAGAAGAUCUAUCACGAGGCCCGAAAAAUCGUAGGAGCUCAACUUCAGCACAUAACUUACUCCGCAUGGAUCCCUAAGAUUGUUGGACCCAAAGGCAUGGCUCGAUUAGGCCCCUACCCCGGCUACAACCCAAAUACGGACCCUACCAUCAUCAACGCUUUUGCGACGGCAGCGUUUAGGUUUGGCCAUGGGCUAAUUAAACCAAUUAUCAACCGACUUAACAGCUCAUUCCUUCCUAUCCCAGAGGGCAACAUUCCCCUGCACAAAGCCUUCUUUUCGCCUUAUAGGAUCGUCAACGAGGGAGGAAUCGACCCCGUACUGAGAGGGCUAUUUGCCGAAGCGUCCAAGAGCCGCGAAAACAGUGAUGAGCUUGUAAAUACAGAGCUGACUGAGAGACUCUUCGAAAUGGCGCACGCGGUGGCUCUCGAUCUAGGCGCCCUUAACAUCCAGCGUGGACGCGACCACGCCUUGCCUGGUUACAAUUCCUGGCGCAAGCUGUGUAACCUCUCGGUGGCAGAGUCGUUUGAUGACCUAAAGAAUGAAAUAUCAAGUGCAGAUAUUCGCGCGCGUCUUGAAAAACUGUACAAGGACCCGUCGAAUGUGGACCUGUGGCUCGCUGGACUGCUGGAAGACUUGGAGCCUGGGGGCCAGGUUGGCAAAGUCUUUUCGUGUAUCCUCGUUGAGCAGUUCAAACGGCUCAGAGACGGUGACAGGUUUUGGUACGAAAACCCUUCCACAUUCGAGCCUGCCCAGCUGACGCAAAUCCGCAUGUCAUCGCUGGCGCGGGUAUUGUGUGACAACGGUGACAACAUCCAGCUUGUUCAGCGUGAUGUGUUCCUGCGCGCAGAGACUCAUGGGGGAUAUGUAUCUUGUGAAGCCAUUCCCCGGAUGGAUUUACGAAUGUGGAAGGAGUGUUGUGAUGAGCAUUGCGUUGGUGGGGAUCGGACGUUUACUCUGACGACGGGCCUUAAACGAAGACGAAAACGCUCCGCACAAGCUGAAAACGAACUUGAAGUGUCCGAAAACAUCCCGCCCCAGUCUCAACAUGAACCAAAAAAAGAACCCAAAAUAAAUAGUCAAGCUGAGGGGUUGCACGUGAAGGAAAAAGAGGCCGAACAUAUUCCUGAGCAAUCCCAGACUGUGGCUCUAAAAAAAGAGGAGAUGCAUCGACAGGAAACAGUCGAAAAACUACCGGUGAACACUUCCGGUCUGAAAGUUGAAGAUAUUCCACGAGAACCAAGGAUAGUUGAACCAGCAUCUAGGGAGUCGUCAGAUGAUGAGCUGGAAAUUGAGGUCUUGGAAAAAUCUCGUAAUGACGAGAAUGAGAAAGUAGAGAAACAAAUAGAACUUAUUCAUGAAAAGGAACAUGUGGAGCCAGAAAUGAGGCAUGUUGACCAGAUGGAACAUAGUGAGGAGUCAUUAAAGAUGGCAGAGAAAGAAAGCAAGACGAAUAGAGAUGACAGGAGCGGAGGUAACCUUGAAAUGAGGGUUCAAGGUUUGGAGGAAUCGAUAAAGGGACUAAUGGAGAUGGUAGAAAACAUGAGAGAAACAAUAAACACCCUAAAACAACAGGUGAGAAAAACUGGAUGAAUACCUACAAGAGCAGACGGAAGAUUUUUUAUUUUUCACCAUGCGAUGAUAAGAACGAAGUGUUUCAUGGAGACGACGACGAUGAUAUGAUGAUGCUGAUGAUGACGACGACGACGAUGAUAUGAUGAUGACAACGACGACGACGAUAAUAGUUUACGGCGACGACGACAACGAUGAUAGUUUUGAAGAUGAUGACGACGACGAUGAUAGUUUUGAUGAUGAUGAUGAUGAUGAUGAUGAUGACGACGAUGAUGAUGAUUAGGGAAGAGGUCAGAAAAAUAGUACUAAGUGAAAAAGGAGGUAGGGUUGCGGGCCGUACCCAAACCCCUAACCCUGUUUUUUUAAGGCUAAUUUUCUCAAUGGCCUUUGUUCUCAGCAAGUACCAUAAGUACCAAGUUCUAAGUACUAUUAUUUUGGCCUCACUCUUAUAAUAAGUAUAAUGAUGUUGAUAAUAAUGAUUUUAAUGAUGACAUAUACCAAAAGGCUUUUGUAGAAACAGAGGAAAAUAGAUGUAAAUCGAUGCUUAUUUAUUCGCAUGCUUUGUUAAUCGGAUACAAAUGAAUUCUCGUAUGAAAGUGGUGGCUACUGCGCAUGCGUAGGGUAUUUCUGUUGAUGAUGUAAAUGUGGUUGAUCGUAAAGCAUGAAGUAAAAACUUAUUUUAGUUCAAGCUUAAAAA